CUCUCUUCUUCUUCUUCUAUCUCACUGUCAACCCUAAUUCAUUUCAAUCCUUCAGUAUCAUGCACACAUAAAAUUUUGUUUGUUCCCACUUGUUAUAUCUAUAUCUCUAUAUAGGACUUAAGAGAAACCCGACACUAUAUUAUUGCCUUUCGUGGAUCAUUGGCAAGUCAUGUUUCGUGGACCAUUGGCAAGUCAUGUUUAUCCUGUUUGCCAACAAACUGAGAUUCAGAUACCCUUUAAAAAUCCCACUUUUAGGUCUCCUUUGUUGUUUACACACUCGUUCCUUGUGUCCUUAUGUGAAACCCAUCAAUUGGAACACCUCCCACAGCUUCGUUCGAAACAACCCUCUCCUUUCUCUCUUAGAAAGGUGUCAGUCCUUGCUCCAGUUGAAGCAAAUCCAGGCCCAGAUGAUCCUGACUGGCUUCAUUAACGACAGCUUUGCCGCAAGUCGUCUUGUUACAUUCUGUGCUUUAUCUGAAUCGCAGGCCCUUGAGUAUUGUACCAAGAUCUUGUAUUGGAUCCGAGAACCAAAUGUAUUUUCUUGGAAUGUGACAAUUAGGGGAUUUGUGGAAAGUGGGGACUUAGAAGGAGCUGUUUUGUUGUACAAGAGAAUGUUGCAAUCUGGUGUUAUGAAACCAGAUAAUCAUACUUAUCCUUUCUUGCUCAAGGCUUGCUCUUUCCCAUCUAUGAAUUGUGUUGGUUAUACAGUACUUGGACAUGUGUUGAAGUUUGGAUUUGAAUUUGAUAUAUUUGUGCACAAUGCAUCAAUAACUAUGUUACUCUCGUAUGGAGAGUUGGAGGCAGCGUAUGAUGUGUUCAACAAUGGUUGUGUGAGAGACUUGGUAACAUGGAAUGCCAUGAUUACGGGAUGUGUUAGAAGAGGGCUAGCUAAUGAGGCUAAAAAACUCUAUCAGGAAAUGGUGGCAGAGAAAGUGAAACCAAAUGAGAUUACGAUGAUUGGGAUUAUUUCUUCUUGUUCUCAACUGCAGGAUUUGAAUCUCGGCAGAAAAUUUCAUCUUUAUGUCACAGAACAUGGCAUUGAGUUGACAAUCCCACUCAAUAAUGCACUUAUGGACAUGUAUGUCAAGUGUGGAGACCUGUUGGCUGCACGAAUUCUAUUUGAUAAAAUGGCACACAAGACCAUUGUUUCAUGGACGACAAUGGUUUUGGGGUAUGCUAGAUUUGGUUUUCUGGAUGUCGCUCGGGAGCUUUUGUAUAAAAUUCCAGAAAAGAGUGUUGUGCCUUGGAAUGCAAUCAUCAGUGGCUGUGUCCAAGCUAAGAAUAGUAAAGAGGCCCUGGCUCUGUUCCAUGAAAUGCAAAUUAAGAAAAUCAAACCUGAUAAAGUUACCAUGGUUAACUGUUUGUCUGCAUGCUCACAACUAGGAGCACUUGAUGUAGGAAUAUGGAUUCACCAUUAUACUAAAAGGCAUAGUAUUUUUCUCGAUGUUGCAUUGGGCACUGCACUAGUUGACAUGUAUGCUAAGUGUGGAAAUAUUGCAAAGGCUCUCCAAGUUUUCCAAGAGGUUCCUCAAAAGAAUUGUUUGACCUGGACAGCCAUUAUUUGUGGUUUAGCACUUCAUGGGAAUGCCUGGGAUGCUAUAUCCUAUUUCUCAGAAAUGAUCCGUAGUGGCUUAAGACCUGAUGAGAUCACUUUUCUUGGUGUCUUAUCAGCUUGUUGUCAUGGAGGUUUAGUUGAAGAAGGCCAAAAAUACUUUUCCCAAAUGAGCUUUAACUUUAAUAUAACUCCUCAGCUUAAACACUACUCGUGCAUGGUGGAUCUUUUAGGAAGGGCUGGUCAUUUGGAGGAAGCCGAAGAGCUUAUUAGAAAUAUGACAAUAGCAGCAGAUGCUGCUGUGUGGGGUGCUUUAUUCUUUGCAUGUCGUGUUCAUGGUAAUGUUUUAAUAGGAGAGAGGGCAGCUUUGAAACUUCUUGAGAUGGAUCCUCAAGAUAGUGGUAUUUAUGUUUUGCUUGCUACUAUGUACAGUGAGGCAAAAAUGUGGAAGGAGGCAAGGAACGCAAGAAAUAUAAUGAAGAAGAGAGGAGUAGAAAAGAUUCCUGGUUGCAGCUCAAUUGAAAUCAAUGGCAUUGUGCACGAGUUUGUGGCAAAGGAUGCGUUACAUCCACAGUUUGAAUGGAUUUAUGAAUGCCUGGUUUCAUUGACAAAGCAACUAGAGCUUCUUAUGUUAAAAUGUGAAAUUCCUGCUUAUGGAGAUGAAUUUGUUUCCUAAACUUGUCAGUUUGUUUUCUCUAUUUCUUCUGCUCAUUUUAUUACAAUCUUCCCUGGAUAGCCUGUACCAACUUUUCAUUCUACCAAGGGGGUCCUACCUUAGAAAAUAUAUGUAAAUACCAUGAAGACAUUUGAUAGGUCUUGGAAGGUUUAUGUCAGAAAACAUAGAAAGAACAGUUAGUAAGUGGUGGUUGGAGGAGUUUUAUAGCAGUUAGCAGUAGUUUCUUUGUCAGUUAUGUUUUGUUUAUGUCUUUUAAGGAGUUGGGGGUGUAUUGUGUUGGUUGUCGAGUGUUUUAUUUCUGAAACAGGAUUUGUCCUGUGUAAGGGAAAGUUUUUCCCUUGACUGUUGUUGAUUGCUUUCACAGUUUUCCAUUCAAUAAAACUGUUUUUCCCUUGUGAGAAUUCAUAAACUUGUUGUGAUUAUUGACUCUAAGAUAGUAUCUAGGUUACUUGAUACUAAGAAACCUAACAAUUUGGCCCAACCUACCAGAUCAAAAAAACAGUGAGAGAGAGUCAUGGAGGGUAGAUUAAGCAUGUUGGAGAGGACAAUGGAGAGAGGAAUCUAUAGCCAAUUUUCAAAGGCUCAAUGAAAUGAUGGAGGAAUUAAUGCGCAAAAGGAAAAAUUUAGAAAGAGACUAUGAAGGAAGUAGAGGAUCUAUGAAUGGAGAUAGAGUGGGAAAAAGGAAUGAGAAUGACGAAGAAUCGGAGGAUGAAUGAAGAGGGAAUCAGUGGGGAUGGACGAGGAGAGAGAACUUCCCACAUUUGAAGGAGGAGAUCCUGUGGGAUGGAUAACAAGAGCAGAAAAAUUCUUCAAAGUUCAGGAGGUUACAUCUAGAGAGAAAAUCAGAUUGGCCUUUAUUAGUAUGGAGGGAGUAGCCAGUCAUUGGUUUCAAUUUUGGAAGACAAAAACCAAUAACCCCACUUGGAAGGAGUUGACGCAAGCACUUAUUAGGAGAUUUGGGGGAAAAGAAAGAUCUUCAGUAUUCAAAAAGUUGGCAUCAAUUAGGCAGAAAGGCGAAAUAGAGGAAUAUAUUCAAUAAUUUGAAAUGUUGGUGGGACAAGCAACUAAGUUGACAGAGGAACAAUUAAUGGGAUACUUCUUUGUGGGUGUACAUUCUAAUAUAUGAAGUCAGAUUAGACCGCAUAAUCCUAAGGAUCUCAUGAGGGCCAUGGAGAUAACGAGAGAUGUGGAGGAAGCUUCGAAGGAGAAUAGAAUGGGGGGAAAGAACUAUUAAUAGAAGUGGAGGUUAUCAAAAUCGUUAUCAUGGUAGUGGAGGGGUGAUCUCCAGGGUUGAAACUUUGAAAGGGACAAGGAACGAAAUAGGAAGUUUCAAUAAUGCCAACAUGUUUAGGAAGGAAGGAGGAACCAUGAUGGAAUCCCGAGUUGGGAGUAAUGACAUAGGGAGUAAUGACAUAGGGAGUUGCCGAAACAUGGGAAUGAGGAAUCUACCCUAUCCUGAAUACAUUAGAAGAAGAGAAGAGGGGCGUUGCUUUCAUAUUGGGGGACCUUUUAGUCCGGGACACAAGUGCCCUGAAAAAAAUAUUAGAGUUCUCAUUAUGGGAGAUGACGAGGAAGACAUGGAAGAAGAUGAAGAGGAGAAAAAACAGAAUCAUAUGGAUUUGUCAGUCUUUUCUGUAGGUGGGCUGGCAUCUUCUAAUAGUAUGAAGUUACAAGGGGUGCUCAAAGGGAAGAAGGUGUUAGUUUUAAUUGAUAGUGGUGCUAGCCACAAUUUUAUUUUAACCAAGUUAGUGGAGGAAUUGAAUUUGGAAGUAGAAAAUACUCCUUCCUACACUGUUUGUUUCGGAGAUAGGCAUAAGAAGCAUAUUGUUGGAUGUUGUCCAAAUUUGCUUUUGCAAUUGAAGGGAUUGAUGAUUGAGGAAAAAUUCUAUCUUUUUGAAUUAGGUGGAGUAGAUCUAUUUUUGGUAGUUUCGUGGUUGGCUACUUUAGGAGAAGUUAAGACUAAUUGGAAGACUUUAACUAUGAGAUUUAACCAAGAUGCUAGGGAAGUGAGAAUUCAAGGAGACCCAACUCUAACAAAAAGAGUUAUUACACCAGCGACAUUAUUGAAAGAAAUUGAGAUUGAAGUGGUUUCUUUGGUAUGGAAUAUGGGCUGUACAGAAUUAGAGGAGAGGGUGGAUGAAGGUGAAACAUUGCACCCAGAGCAGCAAGCAGAGUUGGAGGACAUUUUGGAAGAUUUUGAGGAUAUUUUCCAAGAACCAAAGGGAUUACCUCCUAAUCGGUCAAUGAACCAUCAAAUCCGUGUCAAAGUAAGUGUGGAUCCUGUGAAUGUAAGGCCUUAUCGUUAUCCCCAUUUGCUUAAAACAGAAAUUGAAAAACAAGUAUCUGAAAUGCUAACUUCUAGAAUCAUAAGGCCAAGUAACAGUCCAUAUUCAAGCCCUGUUAUCUUAGUGAAGAAAAAAGAUGAAAGUUAGAGGUUUUGUAUAGAUUAUAGGGCAUUAAAUAAGGCCACCAUUCCGGAUAAGUUUCUCAUUCCAGUUAUUGAGGAGUUACUAGAUGAAUUAAAUGAGGCUACUUAUUUCUAUAAAGUAGAUUUGAAGGCUGGAUACAACCAAAUCAGAAUGGAGGAGAAAGAUAUUCCAAAGACUGCUUUCCGUACUCAUCAAGGGCAUUAUGAAUUCUUGGUGAUGCCAUUUGGAUUAUCUAACGCUCCUACCACUUUUCAAUGUUUAAUGAACACAGUCUUGAGGCAGUUUUUGAGGAGAUGUGUACUAGUCUUUUCUGAUGAUAUUUUAAUUUAUAGGAAUUUAUCGGAGGAACAUAGGGACCAUCUAAAGCAAGUUCUCCAAACAUUGAGACAACAACAACUGUAUGCCAAUAAGAAGAAAUGUGACUUUGGCAGGCUACAAAUAAGCUAUUUGGGACAUGUUAUUUCUAGAAAAGGGGUGAUGAUGGACCCAGAGAAGAUUAAAGCUAUGAAAGAAUGGCCUGAACCGCAUAAUAGGAUCUGUUCAUAUGGCACAGAACCAGAACCAACUAUGGCAAUCAUUGGCCAGAACAUUGAUUCUAAUGAUGCCAUGUACAUUUUGGAGAAUACUUGCAUAGUUACGGUGUUGGACUCCAACUUAAAUGACUUCAUGACUUGGUUCUACUUCUAGACUCUACGGGAUGAAGAGGUCAAGUUAAAGAAAUUCUGAAUGUUAUGAGGAGUAGGAAGAAAACUGAUACUGUAAAUUCUGUCUUGAAAUUGACCAAAGAAAGUGGGAGCUGGAUUCAAUAUAGGUUAUCCAUGUAUCACUGCCAAAGUGGACAACCGUAAAAUGGUAUGGUGGGCAAAAUCUUUGGUUGCUGCUACUACUGCCCCAAACAAGACCCAUUUUACUUGUGAAUUGGGUUCAGGUCGUCUUAAGGCUCAAGCAGGCUUUCACACUAAGAGUUACCAAGAACUGCACAAAUUCACCAUGUGAGUUUCCCAUCAGGAGGUUUAUGAAACAUGUGAUGAUUCUUUUGCACUGGUUGAUGCUCUUCUACCGAUUGCUAUAACCUGCUGGAAGAUUAUCCAUCAUUGUGCAUGGAAAUGGUGACAACAAGUGUUGAAUGAGAAAGCAAAUGAUAUCUGAUACUAGGAUGUUUUGUCCUGACAAGUUGUAUGUUUUGCAUUGCAUGGCACGCAGAAUGGCUUAAAAAUACAGCAACCAAUUCUUACCUUGUUAGCUGAGGUCAGCUAUAUGGAUCAAUUGACACCGUGAAACUUUGUGAAAAACUAAACUAUCAAUAAAAAUCACUUUUAGCAAGGUCA